AUGUAAUUAUUAUACAUAAAGAAGACGGGAAAGUUUAAAGAUUUGAUCUAAUAAUAGAAAGCACAGAUUUAAGAUAAAUAAAAGUCUUUGCAACAAAGACUUGACUCAAUAGGACAGUUAAAGACCACAAAAAUUCAAGACUCGAAGCAAAUUAACUAAUCCUAUACCAUAUUUAGAUAAGGGAGUAUCAAAUAACUGAGUUUGCCUAAGUUGAUGAAAAGAAUCUAUUCUGAUAAGAGACUUAAAGAUAACUGUCAGCAAUAACAAAAAAGUGAAGAUAUCAUACAACAGAGCAUUAGCAAGGAUAUAAAGAGUCCAAUUAAAUUCAUAAAUAUUAACAAUACUUAUGAUUAAAAGUCAAGGUUAGCUGUAAUAGCAUCGACAGAUCGAUUUUAGACAGAGAGUAAUGAAAGGAAGGAAUUCAUGAAUUAUACAUUUGGAGCGUAGUUUAGAAUAAGAGGAACGAAUACAUCCAAUAUCAAUAAUAAUAAAUCUUCUAUAAGUUAAAAGAGAUCUGCAUCUUAAACUAGUAGGAUUAUGACCACUACUCAACUAAGAGUUGUUAACAAAAUUUUUUCAUGA